UGCUGACGGCCGUGUCGGCGGACCCCCCCCCCUUCCCCCCAGGCCGCCAUGGCCCUGACGGCCGAGACCGAGUCCCGGCUCUACCGCUCUCUCCGCGCCGCCGCCGGCGCCGCCGCCCAUCUCGUGGCUCUGGGCUUCCCCACCGCCGUGGCCGUGCUGGCGCGGCCCGGAUCCAGCCUCUUCUCCUGGCACCCGCUGCUCAUGGCCCUCGCGUUCUCGUUCCUGAUGACGGAAGCGCUGCUGGUGUUCUCCCCGGAGACCUCGCCCCUCCGCUCCUUCUCCCGCAAAGUCAAGGUGCGGGUGCACUGGGCGCUGCAGCUGCUGGCCCUCCUCUGUGCCCUCCUGGGGUUGGGCAUCAUCACCUACAACAAGCACCUGAACGGCAAGGCACACUUCGUCACCUGGCACGGCCUGACGGGGCUGCUGACCGUGCUGUACACCGGCGGGCAGUGCACGGGGGGAGCGCUGCUGCUCUAUCCCAAGCUGAUGAAGAACUGGACGCUGGCCAAGCUCAAGUUGUACCACGCCACCUCGGGGCUGGUGGGCUACCUGCUGGGCUGUGCCAGCCUGAUGCUGGGCAUGUGCUCUCUGUGGUUCACCGCCUCGGUGACCAGCGUCACCUGGUACCUUGCCAUGCUGUGUCCCCUCCUCACCAGCCUGGUUAUCAUGAACCAGGUGAGCAACGCUUACCUGUACCGCAAGCGGAGCCAGCACUGAGGGUCUGGGGGUCUCCUCGGUACUAGAUUUCUCCCUACUCAUCUCUUGUUAGUCCUGGAUUGUCUCUAGUGUCUCGUCCCCACAGAGUGGCUUGGGUGUGUGUCACCUACCCACCUCCUGCCUGCUUUGGUGGGGACGUUUCCCAGCACAGGUAAAGCUGCUGGUCCCUGCAGCAGCUUGGUGCUCAGUGCUGGGAACCAGAGUGUUCACUCAGGACUCCUGCUCCUCUUCCCUUCCCACCCAGAGCUGUUGUGUUCCUGGUGAGGAGGGCAGGGAGUCCCCGCUCGCCCAGGAGGCUGCAGUGGGCACCACGCUGCCUCUCCUGCCACAGAGGCAGCUUGGCCAGUGAAGGCGCUGGGCACGGUUUUGGCUUCAGCCACUGGAGGGCUGAAGUGGGGUGGCAGCACUCAUGGUGCCUGUCCCCAUGGGGCAGGGCUCUCUGGGACCAGUGCAGUCAGCCCUGACCAACAGCUUUGGGUCCAGGUGCCCAGCUCCACGCACAAAUCUCUCCCCUAGGCUGGGGCAGUGAAGCUUCAGCCUGUUGGGAUGUGGGGGCCAUUUUACAGAGCGGUUACAGAGCUGAGCUGGAAAGGGGCAGCCUGCGAAGGCUCUGAGGGGCUCAGGGAACAGAACUUGGGGGGGGGGAAAAACUCUCGAGCCAACCUGCAGCACAGCCCUUGGGAAGGCAGAAAGGAGCCCCCUCACUUUGCCAGCACAGCAGCCUGCCUGCCUUCCAGCCCUCACAGGCACUUGCAGCAGCUCCUCCUCAGCAUGGAUCCUGCUCUAGGCAGGGCUGGAGAGCUGGGAGCAGCUCCCAGCUGGGAAAUUCCUCUGUAUCCAGAGCUUUUACUCAAUAAAAAUUUCAGGCAGCUACAGUGUGACAAGUCCUGUUUCCUGUCCAGUAGGCCUUUGGGGUGUGGGCAGAUGUCCUGUAUCUCCCCAGAUUUGCCCCCUCCUGCUUGCAAAGCAUCUCACCUGCUGAGAGCAACUAAGAAGAAACCCCCUCCCCAGCCCCUGGGGGCUGCUCUGUG